ACUCACAUUCUGUAAGGGAGAAGACUUGCGGAGGUUUUUUUCCUUCGCUCACAGAAGCCUGGCUAUACCUGCAUAGCAGGUGACUUACUUUGUCUGCCUGAUAAGACCAUUGUUCUUGCUGCCAAGUGCCCUGUGUUUGUAAGAUCUAAAGAAGCUGUUCAGCAAGAUGUCUACUUACACCUUUAACAAAUAUGGAAGCGAUGCUAAAAGUAAUACCCUGGGAUCUGUAAGCAGAGAGAAUGUGAUACAAGACGUAAACAAGAGAAGAACUUUGCUAAAGGACAGUAGCUGGAUAAAAUCACGGCCAGAAGAUGAAGAGGACAAGAUGAAAGAAGAAAACUUUGGGAAAAGUUUACUAAACAAAUACAAAUCCCAGGAAAAUCUGGACAAGGAUAAUGACAAAGAAGAGAAGGCAACCAUACACAACAGGUUCAAGUCAGAUGAUGCUCUGGACAGAAUUUCAUUGAGAAAUACAUCUGAAAGAGGAAAUAAAUCUGCAACACUGGAAAGAAUGCCCAUGAGUGAGUCAGACACCAUCAACAAAAGGCAAUCUUGGGCUCCCAGUAACAAGACAACAACAACAACAACUACCACCACUGAGGAAUCAAAGAGGAAGUCUUGGGCUCCAACAAACAGGAACACAACCAUCACAACAACCACAGAAACCAAACCGGCUGUUUCUAGCAAACCAGAUGGACAGAAAAUCACCAUCUACUCAUCCGAUGCCAGGACUACAGAUAUGCCAACAAGGACCAAUUUUAUUGAUAGUGCCAGAUCAAGAUUUGAAAAAACUGAAGAAAAACCUAGCCCACCCACUUCUCCACCAGCCAGAAUUGGCAACAGGCCGGCAUACCCUUCUAAGCCUGUUACAUCUGACAGUGGAGAAAGAAGAAGUGCAGUUGAGCGAAAGCAAAGAAGUCAAGAUCUGGAUAAUCUCAUUGACGUAUCAAGCUCUAGAGUUGUGAAAAGCAAAGGAAGUCAAGAUCUGGAUAAUCUCAUUGAAGUAUCAAACCCUAAAGUUGUAAGCAGCAGGGGAACUCAAAAUGUGGAUAAUCUGAUUGAUAUCAAAUCUACUGUAGAUAAAGGAGUCAAAAGAACUCAAAAUGUGGAUAAUCUGAUUGAUAUCAAAUCUACUGUAGAUAAAGGAGUGAAAAGCAGAGCUCAAAAUCUGGACAAUCUGAUAGACAUCAAACCCACUGCAAACAAGGGAGUGAAAAGCGAUCAACUGGAUGGCCUUAUUGAAAUUUCAGACACUGCCAAGAAUACUCGUAAAAGGGAAGAUCAACUCAGCGACUUCAUUGACAUAAAAAAACCUGAAGCGAAGUCCAGGACUCAAAAGGUUGACAAUCUAAUUGAAAUUAAAAAUACUAACACUGCUAGUACAAAUAAGGGGCCACAAAAUCUUGACAACCUUAUUGAUAUUAAAAAUACUAACACUAUCAGUACAAAUAAAGGGCCUCAAAAUCUUGACAGCCUUAUUGAUAUUAAAAAUACUAACACUAUCAGUACAAAUAAAGGGCCACAAAAUCUUGACAACCUUAUUGAUAUUAAAAAUACUAACACUAUCAGUACAAAUAAAGGGCCACAAAAUCUUGACAACCUUAUUGAAAUUAAAAAUACUAACACUAUCAGUACAAACAAAGGAAAUCAAGAUUUGGAUGACUUCAUUGCCAUAGCAGGAGAAAGAAACAAAGGGACACCCAAAUAUCCUGCUAAUAGCAGCAAUACUACAUCCCGUAGCUCAACUACAACUACCACUACCACAUACAAUGUCACAAGCGACAACUCUGAUGCCCCCAGCAGGCGUUCCUCCUCAUCCAGAACUUACAAUGUCACCAAUGACUCCCAAGACUCCCCAUUCAGAGGUUCGACUACCACAACAACCUACAAACUUUCAGAUGACAACAGUGAAGCUCCAUCCCGUCGUCCUACAACAACAACAACAACAACUUAUAAAGACAUUAAUGAUGGACCAAGCGCCCGAUCAAAUGUUAAUAACUACACACAAGAUUCAUGGAAAUCCUCACCUAACACAUAUGGACAAUCCAUUGUAUCAAAUUCAAUUAAAACUGUCUAUUCAACUUCUGAUCGAUCUGUUAUUGAAAAGGACUUGUGUACUUACUGUCGGAAGCCACUUGGCAUUGAUGCCAAAAUGAUCCUUAAAGAUUUAAGCAUAAGCUGCCAUGCAACAUGCUUUAAGUGUGAAGCAUGUUCUGGUUCCUUGGGAAAUCUAAAAGCUGGUGACAGCAUGUGGAUCUAUAAACAAACUAUUCACUGUGAACCAUGCUAUUUUUCUGCUAGAGAGAAAUGGAUCAUCUAAAUUGAGGGUCUAAAAUCAAACAAUAGAAGAUCAACUACGGAAAAUGUCAAUAUAUAGCUUUUCUUGUGUAACUAAAUACUGCUGGGGUUAUAAUGUAUAAAGGCUGGGGAAGAACUAUUGACUUUCCUCAAUAAAGAUUUACAACUUUCUAUUUUUAAUAUAGAACUUAUUUUAGAAUAAAAAAAUGUAUUGUACAGAAAACAAUAGUUCCCAAUUAAUAAUAAAGCCAAGAACAUUCUGUUGUUGUAUCAUUUAAUUAUGGAAUGAAAGAGCUGUUCUCUGUUCCCUAACCAAGAACACAAAUAGGAUUGAUGUGGUUUAGCCUUAGAUAUCUGCAGAAACAGCAAUGAAAUUCAAAUACAGUCGACACAUAAAUAAUUGCUAAAUAAAAACAAAGGUUGUUCAUACACCAUCAAAUUGUACAACUAUGACAUAACAUGGACCCUGUCAGUCAAAAAAAAAAAA